AUGUCCUUUACAAACGCUUUGGACUCGCGCGCCGGCUGCCAACUCGGAAACAUUUAUGAUUAUCGGCUCAACACAAUCACUUAUGUACAAUCGGAAGUUAGGAAAGCACUAGAGAACAACAAAUUAAUAGCAUGGUUUCGAGCCGAUGCGUUGAAACCUAGGUUGAAUAAUAUUUCUAUAACCGAGGACAACUUGUCAUUUCUUAAGAUCCAACUGAAAAAAGUUCGAAACGAGGAAUUCCGAAAUGCCAUCGAACCCAUCCUGGAAAAGCUUGGUGAAGCAGUGCAGAAUAUCAGAGUAGUCUUUUCUAGCCUUAUAGACUUUGAUGAAAUGUUAAAUAAUGCACUGAAGGAUUUGUACUGGGACGUAAACAAUGGGAUGGAAGCGAUAAUGAAUUAUGGUGACAUAUUUCACGACGCAAUAAUGUUCGUGAAUGAGUCUACAAUACGUGUGCUAGAAGAAAUCUCCGAUGUCGUUUCUGAUGAGGUUUGUUUGACUACCUCGUUAAUCCGAUUAAUUUGA